AUGGCAAACCUUUUACCAAAAUUAUUUUCUGUAAAUUUGACUGACCCAGAAUCAAAUCGAAGUUACACAAUUUCUGUUACCGCUGAUGAAGCGAAGCGUCUUGAAAGAGAACAAGACGUAGAAACGGUUGAAGCUUUGGAUCCCGGUUUGAAUUUUGAUGAAAUUGUUGACGAAUCUCCUAAAAGUACAAAUGAAGAUUCAGUAUUUAAAUGGCCUCAUGAAGCAAUUCUUAUGCUUCUUGAUGAAUACCGAAAAGAACAAUCAGAUCUCACCAGCGGUAAAAUUUCUCAAAAGAAAGUGUGGCUGAAAAUUAGUGAUCAACUCAGUCAAAGUUUUCAGGAAUGAAGAAAACUUACAAAAAAAUAAAAUACCAUAAUAAUAAGUCAGGCAAUUCUGCCAAGCAUUGGCCGUACUUGACUUUAAUGGAUGACCUGAUGGGGGAUAAGCCUUUUAUAUCACCACUUGCUACUUGCUCUUCAACUGGAAAAAAAAAAAAAGGACAUUAUCUGAAUGCAGUAAUGAAAGUAGCACAAGUAGUGAUGCGGAUAAUUUUACAACCCAAAAAAAACCAAAGAUUACACCGACUAAUCAGUUAAUUGCUUCAUUAGAAGAGCGAUCAUUGAAAAGUGAGGAGAAUAAAGAACGUCGAUUUAAAGAAUUUAUGGCUUUUAAAGCUCAAAAGACAGAAGAGGCUCUUCAAUACAAAAAACGAGCUUUGGAUUUAUUAGAAAAGCUUAUAAAUUCUAAAAAUAGCUCUUAG